AUGGGAGACCAAGGUCAACACCAAGCAGGCUUGCCUGAACCCAUCAAGAAACGAUCCGUAGCCUCUUGUUUCAUCUUCCGUGUUCCGCGGGAUGGAAAAGGAAAACCGGCCGUCGCACUAUUUAGGCGGAGCGAGAAAGUGAGGACAUAUCGUCACCAUCUAGCCCCAAUCGCUGGUAGCAUCGAUAACGAGGACAAAAGUCCGCUCGAUACCGCAUGGCGAGAACUCCAGGAGGAAACUUCCCUCACCCCAUCCUCACUGGAGCUCUGGCGUAAAGGCAAGCCGUAUACAUUCAGCGACGCUGCUAUCGGACGAGAGUGGACCAUCCAUCCGUUCGCGUUUCGUCUGAAGGAACCCGACGAAGGAGGGCUAGGCGAGGAGGGCAUCCAAACGGACUGGGAGCACGAAGAGUGGCAAUGGUUCGACCCUGACACGGUCUCGGACAAUGAAUCUUUCGGCGCCGUGCCCAGACUUCGUGACAGUCUCCGGCGUGUCUGGUAUGAGGGUGAGAUGCCGGAGCACGCAAGCAAGGCGCUCACGACCGGCCUAAGUCACUUGCACACCCAUCAGGACGGAUCUCGGGAGUUGACGGCACUGGCCCUGACGGCGUUUCGAGAUGUGGUUACGCAGACGCGCGAUGGUAUCGACGAACAUUGGUGGGAAUUAAUCAGGAUGGCCGUAUGGCAUCUAUGGAAGAACGGACGCGAAAGCAUGGGAAUAUCCACCAUCAAUGCUCUGGUGGGCGUCUUAGCCGACAUGAAUGACAUCCUAGGGCAGAAUAUCGGAGCCGAGCAGAAAUGGGAUCGGAUGCUAGCCAUGGCUGACCUCCAUUUGGCGAAUCGCAAGUGCAUUCCCGCGCGAAUCCGGGACUCGUUCGUCUCGUAUAUCCAAUCGCACUUUCUCGCCGGCAGUGAACCCAGAUCCAAGCUCACUAUCCUUACCGUCUCAGCCAGUUCCACCAUCCGCGAUAGUAUUCUCGAUGCAUAUGCCUCGCUCGAGGGUAUUGAAGAACUCGAACUGCGAAUUCUAGAAUCCCGACCGCUCUUCGAAGGUGUCAGCAUUGCCUCGUCUCUGCUUUCAAAAUUUCAAUCACAGUUCCAGGACUCACCUAACAAGCGCCUCAAGAUGACCAUCUACACUGACGCAUCAGCAGCCUUGGCCGCAGCAGACGUAGACAUCGUCUUAUUCGGCGCUGACCGCAUCUCACCAGCAAAAGGAGUCUGCAACAAGACGGGCUCCUUGCCCGCAGUUCUCGGCGCAAGGCAUGCUGCCCCGAAAGCCAAAGUUCUUGUACUCAGCGAACUGGAGAAGGUGGAGGGAGAAUGCUGCGGUGUUCAAGAGGAAAAUGCCUUCGAAGAGAACGAUCCGAUCGAGGUGUUGAGCGGAUGGCACAACGAUGGAGUGAAAGGAAUCAGCAUCCUAGAAGACGAGAUUAACAGGACGAAAUCCGGAAAAUGUGAGACGUCCAAGGUGGAAGUCAAGAAUAUUUACUUUGAAUGGGUACCAUUAUCGCUGGUGGAUGCAUUUGUGAGCGAAGAGGGGGUUCUGGAUGAGCAGAAAAUCCGGGAUAAAUCGCAGGAAGUGGGAGCGAAUUUGGAGCGAUAUUUGGGUGGUUUGUGA